AGCGAAAAUAUAAAGUAAUUCGGCGCAUUUAAAACCCGGGAAGGAGACAAGGGCUUAAAGGAGAAGACCAGAUCUCAGGCUCAUUAGUUAGGCGAACCAAAAACGAGGAAAAUCGCGGGAAGGGCAGGCGCUUAAAUAAUAGUAUCGUUUGUCACCUGCAUCCGUGCGUGUGUGUGUGUGUGUGCGAGUGUAGUGUGCGUGCGUGCGUGUGUUUGUGCUUUGUUCUGCGAGCGUUUCGUUUUGGUGGAAAUGGCAAAGAAAACCUACGAUUUGCUCUUCAAACUGUUGCUGAUCGGCGACUCGGGAGUGGGAAAGACGUGCAUAUUGUUCCGAUUCUCGGAUGAUGCCUUUACCUCCACGUUUAUAUCGACCAUAGGCAUCGAUUUCAAAAUCAAAACAGUCGAGCUGCGCGGCAAGAAGAUCAAGCUGCAAAUAUGGGAUACCGCCGGUCAGGAGCGAUUCCACACGAUAACCACCUCGUAUUAUAGGGGCGCCAUGGGCAUAAUGCUCGUCUAUGACAUAACGAACGAGAAGAGUUUCGAGAAUAUAGUCAAAUGGUUGCGGAAUAUAGACGAGCACGCCAACGAGGAUGUGGAGAAAAUGAUCCUGGGCAACAAGUGCGACAUGACGGACAAGCGAGUGGUCAACAAGGAGCGCGGCGAAGCGAUUGCCCGUGAACACGGCAUUCGGUUUAUGGAAACAUCCGCCAAAUCGAACAUAAACAUCGAGCGGGCCUUCUGCGAGCUGGCCGAGGCCAUUCUGGACAAGACAUCGGGCCGCGAGUCGGCGGAGAAUCCGGAGCGCGUGAUCAUCGAUCGCCGGAACCAGGAGAAGGCGCCGGGCUACAGCAAGUGCUGUGCGUAAAAGGCGGCUCAACAGGCGAACGGGGCGUGGUUUAACCCGGUUUGUGCUUGGAUGGAUUCGGAAUUGGAUUGGAUUGGAUUGAAUGGAGUGGGGAUCGGUUUCUGAAACUGCUCCGCACAAAACGAGAGAGGGGAAACAAAGCAAUAAACCCGGGGUCAAUCGCACGGAGGGAACAUACUUAUAACGAGUAUACGCAGAUAGCAGAUGGAACAAGAACAACAGCAGCAGAAACAACCUACCUAAAGUUUAACAACAGAUAUUGUAAUACGAACAUUUGGAAGCAACUUUACAAAACGAAAAAAAACACCCCGUAUCCGGAUGUGGUGGUCAGAUAACAGAUGGAAUGGUCAGAGGAUCACAAGAUCAGUUCCAGCCACACGAAACGAUUAAGAUAACAAAGACGCAGACAUAAGCAACUUUUGUAACGUAACUUUUGAUAUAUAUAUAGUCUUACGAUCCCUGUUCGUUCGCCAUCACUCGCACUUCUUAAACCAACUAUCCCAGCCCCGCUUAGUGUUUUGUUUUGUUUUGCGUUUCAGCCUAGAUAUAAAUAACACCUAUACAUAUUAUACAUCGGAUAGUAUAUAGCCUAUACAUACCUAGCUUGCUUUCGCUUUGUUUUCUGUCGAUACUAAGCCGGCGAUACUAGGAUUUCGAUCGGGGGAGGUAGGGGAUCCAUAGAUGCUCUGCAGUCACUCAUCCAAGCCAGAGUCUGUUCCGAAAUUGUUUUCUGAUUAUUGCCUAUAUAUAUAUAUAUAAAUACCAUAUAUAUUGCAUCGUUUUUAUGUGCAUCCGCGCGCCCGCACACUCAAUAUAUAUAUGUGUACACUUAAGGGGGCGUGGGUGUGCGCGCGUGUAUAUCUCCAUGUUGUGUAUGUAAGGACGGUGCACGCCAUGAAUGUAGUAGCAAAACCGCAGGAGAGGAGGAGCGGCGCCCCCAAAAAAAACCCAACGCCUCCUGCCUGUCUCCUUGUAAUUUUAUUCUACAUCUUUUUUUUGUUCGUGUAAACCAAUUAUUUGUAACUGUAUAUGGAUUUAGUUUAGUUGUCUACACCAAAUGAUUUACCGAUUAAAAAUAUAAAGAACAACCUAAACCAUGUCAUAUAAA